GCUCCUUUUGUAAACAUCUUUGAAGAGUUUUUUUUUUCUUAACCUCUCGCUUCCAAAACGAUCUCAGUUGUGUCAUCCUCAGUAUCAUUUCUAUUUGCCUAGUCUAAUUCAUUUCUCUUCGACUGUGUCCAUUUAAUUGCACCCGUUUAAAAAAACAUAAUUAGCAUUUAAAUCUCUCUCCUACAGUCUUUUGCCCUCCCCUACAUGGUUCUCUCUCCCCUCUCUUACUCUAGCCGACUCUCCAUGUCUCAGUCACUACGGCAACCAAUGCUUUUUUUUUUUCUCCCUUACUUGCUUUCUGUAUCUCCCGCCUUUCCCUCUGUCUCCCUCACUCAUUCCCUCCCUUCACUGCCAGAGGUAAGCAUGAUAACUGAUAUGUGUCGGAGAGCUCAUGUCCGUCUCCGUGCGUGCUUGUGCUUGUGCUUCUCUGAGUGACAUUUCUGUGGCAUUUAGGCGGCAGAUGUAGAUGGAAAGUUACCUCUCCCUGCUCAAAGUGCCAUACUGAGUGCUGGCAGCGUGCAUGAUGCUUCAAAUGAUGAUUAAUGUGCUGUGCUCAGGUGUUUGCACUGUAAAUGUGUGUGAGAUAAAGGAAAGCAGACGAUGAGAGUACUUCUGGAUAUUUGUGCGUGCAGAUGUGGAUUCUGUACAAACAUGUCGUGCAUAAUUGAGUGUUAAAUUAAAAUGCCCAAGGGAAUUUAUGCCCCUUUUUUUCUUAAAAAAAAGAUCUUUUUUAAAAAGGUGACAGAGUUGGAUUCGUGCCAGUAAGAGUGCUUGUUUGUAUGUUUCCAUGGUUGUUAUCUGGCAAAAUAGAUUAAGAAGAGAGAAAAAAAGCAGGACCCUCCCCCUUCCUCUCUUUUUCUCUAUCUCUCCUCCUGUUUUAUCUUACAGAGAUGAUAGGAGAAGAAGAGUCCCAGUGAACACAGCGAAGCGAUGGAGAGAUGCUCCAUCUCUCCCAUCGCACGACUCGCUGCCCUCAUCUCCCUCCUCUUGGUUUCUCUGGUGACACAGCCCUCCACCUGUAACCGUGACGACAGCGAGGGCGAGGAACAGGUGGAUGCCCUGUCUGUCCAGCUGUCCGUCACCACCCAGGUCACACCCACUCCGCUGUGGGCGGUCGUGUGGGGUCCCACGCAGCCGCUGGAGGACGAGACCUACCACUUCCUCUCCAGCCAGGAAAAUGACUACCUGCACGGGAGCCAGCAGGAGGCCAGCACCGCCACGCCUGAGGACAGGCUCUACCUUGAUUCCAGCAUACAGCCGCAAGAGAAGGCACCACUGGAGGCUUGGGACCAGGAGGGCGUGGAGGACGGAGGGACAGAGGCCGAGGAGACGGAGCCUGAGGAAGUGGACCCUCAGUUCUACGUCACCGUGACCAUCUCCUCGGUGCUCAUCCUGACAGCAGUUGUCAUUACAGCCAAACUCUGUUACGACCGCAGCUGUUCCCGACACCCGCCCCCGCGUUCCCGUGGCGUGGCCCCCCCCCUCUCCCUUGCCCUCCCUCGUUCCCUCGCUUCGGAGGACAGCAGGCAGACGCUGCACAGCACAUCCUCCUCCUUCACCGACAGGGAGAGGAUCCCCGUGGUGAACCUGUGAGGUGACUGUUGUUCUGUGCGGUGAACAUUUCUAUGCGGCCUGAGGAGGGGGACAUCGGCGAGACCAGAGGGUGUGCCUGCAGCGGUGUUAUUUUCUCUCAAACUGUGAAAGGAAUUCAGGGAUCCCAGGUAUCCCAGCCAUCGCGAAACUCCUCAGCUUCCCUGAGGUUUAAAAGGAAAAAAAAAAAGAGAAGGAAAUCCUAACUCAUCUCUCUGCCGCCCAUUCCCCUCACCCUUCAUCGUGCUCGGUGUAAAUUUCUUUCAUGUGAAUCACUGUGACCUGUUCCCCCUUUUUUCUUCCACCCUCUGUACGGCCCCGAGCUCCGCCAUGCUGCGCAGCGGCUCUGCGCUCUAACCCAUCAUGACUAAUUUACAAACAAGCAGUUUAACAGCCAUGCAAAAUCUCGUUACUCCUGAGAUACCCUACCUGUGCUUCCACGGCCCGUGAUUCAGCUGCUCGGCGUUAACGCCGUUCCAGCAGACUGCUCUUUUCAUGAAAUGACUCUAAAAUUAAGUUCAGUUUAGCAGGCUUGCGUCUGGCUUUCACAUGGUUAAAAAGCCUUUCUCAGCAUCUCCAAACACCAAACAGGGUAUUUCACAAAGCUGUUUGGCAUGGCUAUAGCCAACAGGCAAUGUGUUUAACAUGUCACGCUCCAAAAACUGCUGUUUAUUCCCUGCUCGGGGCGCCUGAAAUGCAAAAUAGUGUGGCUCUAUAUUCCUUUAGCAGAUGCAGAGGAGCCUCUUUUGUUUCAGGUUUUUUUUCCUCAUGAUGUGUUGUCUUAAUUAUCUGGCUGACGUUCACCCCUUUGUCGAACCUUUGCGAGCACACUCUGUUCCUGCUGGACUGUGCGGAGGUGAAUUAAACACUUCCAGUGGCGGAGAAAAAUAUUCACAACAUGAAUGGCUCAAGCAGCGACUCUGCUGAAAAAAAUCAAUUUUUCCCCCAAAGGUUUAGAUGGAACGUAACAAAAGAGAGAUUUGUUGUCAUGGAAAUGAGUAUCAGCGAACCACAUGUGUGAUUAAAGGAAUGAUGUUGCCAGAGAAUUUUUUAUUUCUUUUUUUGCUCUUUCACCUGACAGCUUUGUAUCUUAACCCCCCCCUUCCCCCCAAAAAAAGAAAUCAUCACUUUCCUUUCAUGCCAUUAUCAGUCGUCCUGGGGGCACCAAAGGAAAGAAAUACAAGAAGCAUAAUUAUCUAUAUCCUCAAAUGAAUCUGCAUGUGUACAGUAAGAAAAACCUUUGAGAAUUGCUUCUAAUCUAUUAUUUAUAAAUUGUCUAUUUUAGCCAUCAGUGAGUGGGGUCUAACAGAACCUUCCAAAGUCAGACACUAGUUUGUUUUUUGCAACUUUUCUAAGCAGCAUUCAGACAUGAACUCCCCUCCAGCUACACACAUUUCCACUACAGUCGUUGUGCUGGUGGCAUCAUGGUAGCUCGUACAAUCCUCCAGAUAUCAAGUCUUGUGAAUUUUAGUAGCAAUCCUGUAGAAAUGUGGUCUUUCUGUACCAUGAAACUUCAAUAAAGACUCAAC